UGCGUGGAAAUCGUUUAGACGAUGAUAUUUCAAAGUGCAGCAAAAAGAUGAGGCGAGCAAGCGACAAAGCAAAGGCCAGGAAUGCGCUGGGAAGAUUUUGGACCAACUGCUUUCUGUGUCUCGGCGUGUCACAGACUUAUUCAUGCACUUGAUCACAUUCUCUCCUUCGCUUCACUUCACUUCACUUUCUCUCUUUUCCCACUUUUGGCUUUCUACAAUGGCCGCCUUCUAGCUCUUUUCGUUAAUUUCCUCUUUCUCUUCUCUCUUCUGACAUCAUUUUCGCUUACCCACUGCAGAUAUUAGCUUCUUCUUUUUUGGGUUCCUGGUACGGUUACUCAGAGUGUGCAUGUUUCCUGCCAUUGCUAGCUGCCAGAGAAACUGAGAGUGUGAAAACGGACGAUGAUGAUGGGUUUUCUUAAAUGGGUUUUAUUAUGUGUACUUCUUUCAGUAGCUUCUUUGCGUGGCUGCAUGGGGGUCGACGACGGCGUCCCUAUCCAACUAAACGACGAUGUUUUAGGUCUCAUUGUCUUCAAAUCAGACCUUCACGACCCCUUUUCCUAUCUCGCCUCAUGGAACGAAGACGACGACUCCCCCUGCUCUUGGAAAUACGUUCGCUGCAAUCCCGUCUCCGGCCGAGUCUCCGACGUUUCACUUGACGGUUUGGGCUUAACGGGAAAAAUUGGAAGAGGGCUGGAGAAGUUGCAACAGUUGAAGGUACUCUCACUGUCGCGCAACAAUUUUUCUGGUACUAUUAGUCCCCUGCUUUCCCUCUCUUCUGGCCUCCGAAGGCUUAAUCUUAGCCAUAACAGUUUUUCAGGCAGCAUUCCGAUUUCUCUAGUGAAUAUGAGUUCUUGCAGAUUUCUUGAUCUUUCGGAGAAUUCUUUCUCCGGCCCAUUGCCUGAUACUCUGUUUCAAGACUGUUUUUCUUUCCGUUACCUGUCGCUAGCAAGGAAUAUGCUCGAAGGGAAAAUCCCCAGCACGCUGUCAAGAUGUUCCUUGUUGAACAACCUUAAUCUCUCCAAUAACCGUUUCUCCGGUGACCCGGAUUUCGCUGCCGGGAUUUGGUCGUUGACAAGGCUCCGGGCUUUGGAUCUUUCCAACAAUGCACUCUCUGGGUCUGUGCCGGUUGGAAUAUCGGCCGUACAUAACUUGAAGGAACUCCGAUUACAGGGUAAUCACUUUUCAGGGACUUUACCUGCUGAUGCAGGACUAUGCCCGCACUUGCGGAGGUUGGAUUUCGGCGAUAAUGAUUUCGCCGGAGGGCUGCCGGAUUCACUGCGACUACUGAAUUCUCUGACAUUUUUCAGGGUAUCAAAUAACAUGUUAACCGGUGAUUUCCCUGCUUGGAUUGGUAACAUGAGCAGCCUGGAAUACAUAGACUUCUCAAGCAAUGGUUUCACGGGAAGCCUCUCGCCGUCAAUCGGCGACCUGAAAUCACUCCACUAUUUGAGUUUGUCAAACAACAAAUUCAGUGGAAACAUACCGGAGAGUUUGUUCGAUUUGGGAUUGGAGGAAUUCGACUUUUCAUAUAACGGAUUUGUCGGCUCAAUCCCGCUUGGUUCAAGCAGGCUCUUCCAAUCUCUCCGCAGAAUGGAUCUGUCGAUGAACAAUCUCACAGGAAGUAUUCCUGCAGAAAUGGGUCUUUUCUCCAACUUGAGAUACUUGAAUCUGUCAUGGAACAAUCUCCAGUCGGCGGUGCCGCCGGAGCUCGGGUUCUUUCAGAACUUAACCGUCCUUGAUCUUCGUUACAGUGGUUUGUACGGUUCGAUCCCAGGGGAUAUAUGUGAUUCAGGAAGUUUGGGAAUUCUUCAGUUAGAUGGAAAUGCAUUGAUGGGCUCCAUUCCAGAAGAGAUUGGGAACUGUACAUCUCUCUACUUGCUGAGCUUCUCCCACAAUAAUUUUAGUGGUUCAAUUCCCAUGUCCAUUUCUAAGUUAAAGAAGCUGAAGAUUUUAAAACUGGAGUUUAAUGAGCUGAGUGGGGAGAUACCCCAAGAGCUUGGAAGUUUAGAAAAUCUUCUUGCUGUGAAUGUAUCUUAUAACAGGCUGAUAGGCAGGCUUCCUGCUGGGGGUAUAUUUGGAAGCCUGGAUCAAAGUUCCUUGCAGGGAAACUUGGGAAUUUGCUCACCCUUGUUGAAGGGACCAUGUACGAUGAAUGUUCCCAAGCCUCUAGUUCUUGACCCCAAUGCCUACAAGCAUCAAAUGGGUGAUCAUAAACAAAGAGACAGAUCUUCCAAGUCCACAGAAGGCGGUCGUCACCGCAAUUUCCUAAGUGUUUCUGCUAUUGUAGCUAUUUCUGCAGCAAUGCUAAUUGCAUUUGGUGUGCUUGUCAUCACUCUACUCAAUGUGUCGGCUCGGCGGAGGCCCAAGUUUGUCGACAGCGCCUUCGAAAGUGUGUGCACAAGCUCUUCGCGGUCGGGAAGUCCGCCCACAGGGAAGCUCAUUCUGUUUGAUUCAACAUCAUCCCCAGAUUGCAAUAUUGGCAAUCCUGAAACUUUACUUAGCAAGGCCUCUGAGAUUGGUGAAGGAGUGUUUGGAACAGUUUACAAGGUUCCAUUGGGAACACAAGGAGGAAGAAUGGUGGCAAUUAAAAAGCUUGUUACAGCAAAUAUCAUUCAAUACCCUGAAGAUUUUGAUAGGGAAGUUAGAAUCUUAGGAAAAGCAAGGCACCCAAAUUUGAUAUCCCUGAAGGGAUACUACUGGACCCCUCAGACACAGCUUCUUGUAACAGAGUAUGCAGCCAAUGGCAGCUUACAUGCAAAACUCCAUGAAAGGCUUCCAUCAGCCCCACCUCUUUCUUGGGCCAACCGAUUCAAAAUCCUGCUUGGAACAGCAAAGGGACUUGCCCACUUGCACCAUUCUUUCCGUCCACCCAUCAUCCACUACAACAUAAAACCCAGCAACAUCUUGCUUGAUGAGAGCCACAACCCAAAGAUCUCUGAUUUUGGGCUGGCAAGGCUUCUAACAAAGCUGGACAAGCACAUACUAAGCAACAGAUUUCAGAGCGCGCUUGGCUACGUGGCACCAGAGUUAGCAUGCCAGAGCUUAAGGGUGAACGAAAAAUGUGAUGUUUAUGGGUUUGGUGUGAUGAUUCUUGAGCUUGUGACGGGUCGAAGGCCUGUGGAAUAUGGAGAAGACAAUGUUGUGAUACUGAGCGACCACGUGAGGGUUUCUCUGGAGCAAGGGAAUGUGUUGGAUUGUGUUGAUUCAAGCAUGAGUGAGUACCCAGAGGAUGAAGUGUUGCCGGUGCUCAAGCUGGCUCUGGUUUGCACCUCUCAGAUACCUUCCAGCCGGCCGUCGAUGUUAGAAGUGGUGCAAAUUCUGCAGGUCAUCAAGACCCCGGUUCCACAGAGAAUGGGAUUAUACUAAUUAAUAACAUGCAUUCCGGCCAGUUAUUUUCUGACUGCUCUCGCCUUUGCUUAUUGUUUUGAAAAAAGUCUUUUCUUAUUUUCUCUUCUUUUGAUU